GUCGGGGCAAGUUCAGUUGGGUGGACGUUCGCUUCUACUCGCCGUUAGUGUCGCCUCGUAUCGACCUGUGGAUCAAGUCAUCGGCAGGAUCGGAAUCGUGUCAGUUGACAAGUCCUCUUUUUCUCCUCUCGCUCCCCGCGUCUCUGCGAAGAUUGGCGAAGAUCGAGAGAGAAACUGUGUGAGAGUCGAUCGUGCGCUUGGAAGGUCGCGAUCGAGAGGCUGAUCGCUGAGCGUCAGUCUCGCGCGAGAUCCCGUCGAGGCGUGUUUACGUAUAACACGGGCGAGACGUUUCUUCGCGGAUCGUUUCUCGGAGCCAUUAAUCUCGCAAACUGUCAGUUGGAAGUGUAGCAGUGGUAGCGGCGGCGGCGGCGGCGGCGGUGGUUUAACCUCCUCUCCCUUCGGAAUCACCGGUUCAGGAAGAGGGACCCCAAACUACAGGACGAUUCACCGUUCGGUGGCGCGCGUGACGCACGCUCCUGCUCGUUCGCUCGCUCGCUCGCUCGUCCGCUCGCUCAUUCCACCAGGAAAGGUCUCAGUGACGACAACGGCAUUCUAAGGGCUCCGUUCUCUCAUCUCACCUCACCGGUGAUUUGUUGGCGCGUGUGUGCGCGCGUGAUACCGCGAAGCGACGGUAUGUGAGAAAUCGCGCGCGCGCGCGAAAUCGUAUACAGACUCCACGGCAGCCUGUAGCUCGACAGCUGUUAUUCACGUAAGGGAAAAGCGAGCGAUCGAGCGAAGCAGUCAGCCAGCCAGCCAGCCAGCCAGUCAGACCGUUGUUUCGGGUCCCAGCGACGACAUCGAACCAUGCGGCCCUUUGGGAUUUCUUGGGAACGAUGGCCCGGCAGCAGAAUAGAUAUGAGCAUCUUUUUCUUUAAUGGUUUGCUGCUACUGGGCUUCGUCGUAGCCACCGUGCCAGAUGUCAUGGUGCAGGGUUUUCCAGGUCCCACACAAAACAUGGAACCAAUCAUAAAGAAAUGUCGUUACAACAGGAAUUUCGCGUUGCUAGAGGCGCGUUGCAGCACUCUGGAGUUGUCGGAGAUCCCGACAACUUUGAAAACGGACAUACAGGUGUUGGAUGCCACGGUGAACCGACUGAGAGAGUUGACUAACGAGAGUCUAUUGCCCUACAAGAGUCUGUCCUACAUCUACCUGGCUGACAACUUUAUUCAAAAUGUUGAGGAAGCAGCGUUUGCAAGACAACAUUAUUUGGAGGUGCUGGACCUCACGAAGAACGGUUGCGACAAUCUGCCCAAGAGCCUGUUUCAACUGCCGUACCUCAGGAUACUCUAUCUCGAUUACAACAAACUCACCGACUCGGUAUUCAAAGUAUCGGUGAGCUCGCCCCUCAUCGCACUGCACCUGACUAAGAACAAGCUCACCAAGAUUCCGGAUAUGAACUUGCUGCCGACUCUCACGCAUCUCAAUGUGUCCGACAACGCGAUCGUCUCCGUCAACAGCGAGGACCUGGCGCCGUUCUGCUCGCUCAAGGUGCUCGAUCUGUCGAAAAACCCGAUCAGAUUCAGAGGCAAGAGCUGCGAGUGUUGGACGCUCAACGCUUGGCUGAAGCUACGGCAAAUCAAGUUGAUUCCGGAGUCGUUCAAUUGCAACGACUGGUCGGAUGAAAAAGCCAAGCAAUGCGCCAACGCGGAAAUCAGCAAUCGGACGUAUGAGCUGUACGACAAGUGCACAGAGGUCAUACAGCUCAAGAUGGAGACCGAGAAGGCUCGCUCGUUGUGGAUUAUGGUAGUCUCGUGCGUCUCGGUGUUCAUCGUUUGCGUCUUCGUCGCGUUGUUCUGCGUCCACAAGAGAAACCGUAGACGGCGCAGGAAGCAGAAGGAACAGCAGCAGCAACUCGCGGUAAACAAUGCCAACACGGAGCUGCUCAACAGUAACCUCACGCCGAGUAAUUCGUGAAGCGAUCGCUUCAAAGAGACCGUACAACUAAAAGGAGUAUAGGUAGCUUAUUGUAAGGAAUCUCGCGUGUGUGAAUGCUGACGUUACCAAUUUCGCGCCGAGAGAAGAACAUUAGACGUUGUCAGGUUUUGACGAAUGAAAAUUCACGUGACCCUCCGAGAGACCUGUUGCUGUUUAUUAAGAGUUUAAUCACGGAUCGAUAUCGACGGAUACGUGCCUAAUCGUUUCUAUCCGAUUAUCGAUGCAUCGCGACGGCAUGACUGCCAUUUCCAACAAUGUUAUACAAUUUUGCAGAACAAAACUGAUAUAUAUAUAUAUAUAUAUAUAUAUAUAUAUAUAUAUAUAUAUAUAUAUAUAUAUAUAUAUAU